AUGAACUAUGAGGUGUGGCAUUCGAAUGAUGAUGAAAUCGGAGAUAAAGCCAUAACUUUAUAUGGUGGCAACAAUCAAUUUGAUAAACAACCCGAGAGGGGGAUUGUGGAGAUUGAGGAGGUGUCUGAAAAAGGUGAUGAAGAAGUAAAUGUGGAUUCAAAUGUUGAUGGCAAUGUGUAUUCAAAUUGUGAUGGCAAUGUAGAUUCAUAUGUUGAUGGCAAUGUGGAUUCAAAUGUUGAUGGCAAUGGGGAUAAUGGUAGGCAAGACACAGAAAUGCGAGACAGACAUGUAGAUGUUCCACCUGUUUUCCAACAGGCGCAGUUUAUGGAGGAAUGGGAAGACGGUCUGGGUUUGAAAAUACAACAAGAGUUUGCUAGCAAAAAGGUAGUGCAAGAAGUGGUGGAUAGAGGCGCAUGUAAGAAAACUUUUGGGAUUAAUGUGGUCAAAUCCGAUAAGGAGCGAUUAGUGAUAAAAUGUCCUAAGGAAGGAUGUAAAUGGGGGCUGCGGGCUGCGAAGAUUAAAAAAUCCAACAUGUUCUCUAUUAGAACGUACAACAAGAUGCAUACAUGCUCGCAUGGAAGUCAGAGUAAUUGCAACUCAAAGAGGAAAGGCACGCCACAGCUAGUUGCAUCUCUACUGCAUGAUGAUUAUCCAGGCCAAAUGGAAACUCCUCCUCCUAGCAGUAUCAAGGCUCUUGUGUGGACAAAAUUGGGUGUCAAUAUAUCAUACUCCACUGCUUUGAUAGGUAAAAACGAAGCUGUGAGCAAGUUGCGUGGGACUCCUGAAGAAAGUUAUCAGAUGUUGUAUUCUUAUUUGUACAUGUUAGAGAAGAUCAAUCAUCAUACAAUCACGAGUGUGAAGUUAGAUGAUCCAGACAGAUUCAAGUACUUGUUCAUCGCGCUGGGAGCAUAG